CCCCCCCCCCUCUCCCUCUGUGGUAGCUAGGUCAACCACAUGAUGAACAACUGGCUUUCUUUCAUUCUAACACCGAAUUACCAUCUGGCUUGUCUUGUUUAGGGUUUUGAGAGCUCCUUUUUGGUCAAAGAAGAAGGCACCGACUCUUUGGUUAAUUUGUACUGAGCUAGAUUGCUCCCCUUUAUCUUCUCUUGUUUGUGGCCUCACAGUUUUGAAAGAGAAAAUCUUCUGAAUAAGAGACCAAAUCUUCUUUACCAGGUGAGAUCUAGUGCGAUCAUAAGAAGCUCAAGAAUUUCUUAAGUGGAUCAUCAUGAACUUUGUUGGAGGAGAAAGAGGGUAUUUUGAUAGAGAAGAACAAGAAGAAGAGGAAGCCAUGUCAAGUAAGCUUCCCUUUGCUUCCCCUUGUACAUCAUCUUCUUCUAGCAAAUACAAAAAUUUUCUUCCUGAGCACCAGAAUCUGUGGCCUCGUUUAUUUGAUCAGCCACGGCAAGAUAGCAAAACCCAAGAACCAUCUCUCAAUUUUGACAAGAAGCUAGAGUUCAUGGAAUUAUCGUUGGGAAAUAACAACGAAAGUGAGAGCUCUAGUACUGAUGCCGGGGGCGGUGCUACUGAGUCUAUUGAGAGAGAGCACAUGUUUGACAAAGUAGUGACCCCAAGUGAUGUAGGCAAACUAAAUCGUCUUGUUAUACCAAAGCAACACGCAGAGAGGUACUUCCCUCUUGAUUCUUCAUCGAAUGAAAAAGGCCUCCUCUUGAACUUUGAAGACCGGAACGGCAAGCCAUGGCGGUUCAGAUACUCGUAUUGGAAUAGUAGUCAAAGCUAUGUAAUGACCAAAGGCUGGAGCAGGUUUGUCAAAGAGAAAAGGCUUGACGCAGGCGAUAUUGUGUCGUUCCAACGCGGUGUUGGUGAGUCAGGCAAGCACCGUCUGUUCAUAGACUGGAGACGCAGGCCUAAUGCACCAGAUCCAACACCAUUCUCACAUUUAGAGCUCCAAAAUCAGCUACACUAUCCACAAUCCUUGCGGUGGGGUAGGCUGUACUCCAUGCCCCAAUCUAAUUUACCCAUGCAGCAACCUCAAUUGCAACAUUUGAAUUACAGCAUUCAUCCUUAUCAACACCAUAAUCAUCAGUAUCCUUAUCAUCAACCGUCCACCAUUAGUUAUGGCAAUGCUGCGCAGUAUUACUUAAGGCCACCGGCGGUUACAUUUCCAAUUGGGGCAGUGCAUGAACAAGGAGGAAGUCAUGUGCCAGUGGUGUUAGACUCAGUGCCAGUUGUUCAUGGGAAGACUGGGGGGAAGCGGCUAAGGCUUUUUGGUGUAAACAUGGAGUGUCCUACACAAAAUGAUCCGUCAUCUUCGGUUACAAUGAUCAGACAUGGGACAUUGGAUUCACUCUCCCCUCAUUUGGCUUCCUCUUCUCUCCCUCCUCCUCUCCAAGUAAGGGAACCCACUGGUGCUCCAAUGCAAGCUGAGUUUUCUAAGAAAGGAAAGGCUUCCUUAUCUUUUGAUUUGGAUCUUUGAUCACACCUGCACAACAAGUGAUGAAGAUCCCAUUUCUUUCGUUCCUAGCAAUUUAUAAGUUUUACCCUUUUUUGAGUUUCUUUUGUCGAUUGUUUAAAUAUUGUCGGUAGAUUAAUAGACGCGGUUUUGGGUAUAUUGUGAAGAACAAGCGAUGGAAGAGAAGUGAAAGAAAUGUGGAGUUUGACAAAUCCUUCAACUGUGUAUAAUACAUAUAUACAGAUAAAUAUCAGGAAUAUUUCCAUCAUUGUUUUUCCUUUAGUAGUGAAUUAACUUAUUGCUAUAUAAUAUAUUAACUGUCUACA